UUGAUUAGCCUUGUCUAUAUUUAUUUUAUAAUAAUAUAAUAUAAAAUCCUUAUAUUAUUUUCUUGAAUCAUAUAUAUAAAUCCUUAUAUAAUUUAUUAUCAUUCUGUUUUGUUAUACAAAAAUGAUGACUUAGGUUAUUUUUUUUGUAUAUUUGUGUGACACAAAAUGAUGCAUGACCCUAUAGGUAUACCUAUUGAGCAUGAUCUUUCCCCUGUACACGCCUACAUGACACCAAAACCACCACCAGCACCACCAACAACAACCACCACCACCGCCGCCGCUACCAACGCCGCCACCCGCACGUUAACCCGAUCACGAUCCGGGUCAGGGUCAGGGUCUCCACAAAGCCUGAUAAUGUCGGUAUAUAGCACCAAAAUCGCAAGCCAACCUCGAUUAGUCACCAUCACAUGGUGCAAGAACCUCCUCCUCCACGGCCUCUCGGUGUCCGUCGACGGCCCUCGCGACACCGAUCACUACCACAGCAAGGUGGAGCUUAAGCCGUGGUAUUUCUGGAGGAAACAAGGAAGCAAACAGCUUGUCGUUGACGGGAAAGUCAUCGGCAUUGUUUGGGAUCUCAAGGCGGCCAAGUUUAACGGCGAGGUUGAGCCUCAAUCGGACUACUACGUCGCCAUUGUUUCCGACGAGGAGGUGGUUCUCGUAGUCGGAGACAUGAAGAAGGACGCUUUCCGGCGAACCCGGUGUAGGCCCGCUCUUAUUGACCCUGUUUUAGUCUCUAGGAAAGAGCAUAUUUUUGGUAAGAAAAGGUUUUCUACUAAGGUUAAAUUUCAUGAAAGAGGGAAAUGUCAUGAGAUUUCAGUUGAGUGUAAUAAUAAUAAUUAUAAUCAUAAUAAUAAUAAUAUUAUUAAUAAUAAUAAGGGGGGUGUUGAUUGUGAAGGGAUUAGUAGUAGUCCUGAAAUGGAUAUUAAGAUAGAUGGGAAAUUAGCAACACAAGUUAAACAUCUACAAUGGAAGUUUAGAGGGAAUGAAUCGAUUGAUGUUAAGGAGACUAAGAUUGAAGUGUAUUGGGAUGUUCAUGAUUGGAUAUUCGGGUCUGGUCCUCGACACGCUAUGUUCUUGUUCAAGUCGUCGUCACCACCGUCGUCGUCGUCAUCGACAUCGUCGUCGUUAUCAUUUCAUGCAGAUGAUCCUGCAUGUAGGGAGUAUGGUUGGAGUAGUGGCUCACCGGAGUUUAGGUUGUUUCUUUAUGCUUGGAAAGUUGAAUGAUAACGACGACGAUGAUAAGACUGAAAGCUUGUGCACGAUUGUUGUUAUCAUAAUUUGGAAGCAUUUUCAUGGAAUUGAAGAGAAGGGGAACAAAGGUUGGUCAUGUCACAUGGGAUUAUUGGAAGAGCCCACAACAAUAAGGGAGCUUAGGUUGUGACAAUAUGGGACUCAAUAAAUUUGAGGAUGGGACAUAAUUAAAUGAUGGGCAUGUAAUUUAAAGAGCUUUUUUGUGUACUUGAUAAUUAUUUAUACAUUUAUAUCAUAAGAAAAUAUUAAAAUUUCUGCAAAAUUAAUUAUAUUCCACCCGUUUUAAUUUGGUGUAUUGAAAUAUAAUCUUUUUUUUAGAGUUUUAUUAAUUUUGAUGUAACAUGUUUGAGAAGAUAUAUGUAUUAUGCCAAUAUUAAAGGGUUUUUUCCCA